AUGGAAGAGUUGAGUAACAAGAAGCGACUCCGUGAUGACUCGGACGAGUCACCUGAAGUGAAGAGACUCAGAGAAGACAUUCUCAACGAUCUGGAUGAUCCGGAUCAAUGGACAGGAACCGAGGAUCUGGACUUAUUUAUGAAGAUCUUUGAAGAAGAGAUUUCUGGCUUUUCAUCGUGUGUGAAUUUUGAGAAUCUGACGUCAGAUUCGGGCGAGUUAUUUCAGCUGGAUCUCGUAGACCUUUUGGAGGCGUCUGACGAUGAACUCGGCCUCCCUCCUCCAUCAAAUACAUCAACAAUCGAGGUUCAGAAUCCGGAUGAUCAGUUCGAGUUAGUGCGAGAUUCGUCGGAACUCAGUGAGUUAUGGUGGUUUGAUGAUCAGAUCACAAGCUAUAACUGGAUUGAAUCUUCUGGAAUCGGGGUACCGAUGGGCAAAACACCGGCAACAGCGAGUGUGUGGGUUUUGAUGAAUUGUUUGAUUAUUCGGAUCUUGGUUCUGCUUAUCUUUUGUGGCGUUUUGAAACGCUACCAGCACAGGAGAACCAAC